GCCGUCCGCCGAUACUCCGGGUGCGCGUUCGACGAUCCUUCAGUUCGCUGCGAGCGCUCACACAGAAAGCGAGUGCUCCGAGCUCCUCGUGUUUCUCGCAUAUAAGUGCGUGCCAGGCGGCAAAGUCCGCGUUUUAGGGAAUUAGGGAAAUACCGCAGACAUCGCCCUAGCUAACCACCGCGUAAUUUCGUUCGAUCAUUCGAGGUAUUCCGAACGAGGAGAGUCUCCGCGAUUUCGAGACCCGGUACCACCUCGUCGUACGAUCAAGAGCGCGAAUAAAAUUUGAAUAUCGAAAGAGGGAGGAUAAGAAAUUGAUCAAUAAUCGCGUAAAUUAACCGUAUAUAUUAUACAUAGACUGUAAUCACCUUCGUAAUCUAGUCAACCACGCAAUUACGUUGUAAAAAUAAUUCGUUCAUGUGUCGAAGAUCGCCCAUCGUUCGAUUCGUACUUUUUGGUUCUUCGGUAUAAUCGAUUACUCAAAAGUGUAGCAAAGUAAUCAAUCGGAAUCGAUCGAAGUGACCGAGAUUGUAUACCACGCGUCAAGUUCUCCCAUACGGAUGCACCUUGUCUCGAUUUGACAUUUUCAAGCGGUUAUCGAGCGAGAUUUUUUAUUCAAAGAUCGUUGAAUAAAAAAGAAGAAACCGGGGGAAAAAGCAAACUGUGAAAAGUGCUAGGAGGAGUAAAAAGUUUUUGUGAAAAUUUUUCGAGUUUUAAGUAAAAAGACGGCUCCAUUAAUGGGGGUGUCCGGUGAUUGCGCGGUGCGCUCCGCCGGCAGUAGGAGUCAUCCCUGUCACUGCUGCAGUCACGCGGCCAACGCGAACGCAAGUGCUUCGUCGCAACAUCAUCACAAUCAUCACCACAACAACAACAAUAACAAUAACAACAACAAAAGCAACGACUCGCAUCAUCAAAACGGUGCAGACACCGUCGGUGUAUUGGCACCUCUGCGUAGCAAGAUGAAAGUCCUGAAGAAACUUAAACGGAAGAUGGGUCUAGCUCCCAGGUCGUCCAGUGGUGGAACCAAUAAUCUUCCACCGUUGACCUUUCACCGGGUUCACGGGGACAAUAUCAGACUCUGUAACGGGGGGACGAUCGCGAGGAGACACGAAAGCUUUUGCAAGGGUGUCACUUUCAGCGCCAGACCCGUACGAAUCGGGGAAAAGGUGUGCGUGAAGUUUCUCGAGAUAUCCGACAACUGGAGCGGCGUUAUUCGAUUCGGAUUCACCGCCAAUGACCCGAUCAACCUUCGCAGCGGUCUUCCGAAAUAUGCCUGUCCGGAUCUCACGAAUAAACCCGGCUACUGGGCUAAGGCUCUCGCCGAACGUUUCGCUGAAAGAGACACGGUGCUAUUUUACUACGUCACGUCGGCCGGCGAUGUGCACUUCGGCGUUAACGGAGAGGAAAAAGGCGUGUUCUUCAGCAGCGUUGAGACCCGGGGUCCCCUAUGGGCGAUAAUAGAUGUCUACGGAAAUAGUACAGCGAUAGAAUUCGUAGACCCGAAUAGACAACAUUUCAACAAUGUCAAACGUGGCGCGGAUCACAGCAACGAGGAUAACGCCCAACAUUCGAGACACUCGGCGAUGGAUGACGCGAGUAACGCGGGUCGGGAUGUCGAGAGAAUUAUCGUUCCUACAAUGCAGAGUAUGUCCAUCCAUCAUGAACCGGACGUCGAUCUACCGGGACUGAGGUUUCAACCUUCCGGUGUCGUCUUCAAGUCGCUACCUUUUCACUCAACUCGCGGGCGUAACAUAUGCUUCAGUAAUCAACAGUGCGUCGCCACUCGCAGCGACACGGAGUUCUGUCACGGAUACGCCUUCACCGGACGACCCCUUCUCCUGGGAGAAAGAUUGGUCGUUCAGAUCCUCGCGACUGAACCGAUGUACGUCGGUGCCCUUGCCCUAGGUUUGACCUCCUGCGACCCGGCGAAACUCACCGCCGAAGAUCUCCCGGACGACAGUGAUCUUUUGCUCGACAGACCCGAGUACUGGGUGGUAUCGAAAGACGUAGCAUCCAGCCCGCAGCCUGGCGACGAAAUCGCGUUUACCGUCACCCAUUACGGCGAGGUGCAAAUGAGCAAAAACGGAGGUACACCAAGCGUCGUGAUGCACGUAGAUCAGACUCUUCAGCUGUGGGCGUUCGUUGACGUUUACGGAUCAACCCAAAGAGUGAGAAUGCUCGCCAGCAGACCCACCUCUCCACCGAGGCAGCGGCAGGGUCCGGCACCGAGUCAGCACUCCAAUCACAGCAACGCGGCAACGGAGUUAUCGAGAUUUUCCGAAAUGGUUCAGUUCAAACCAGCCGUUGGCGGUGGCACGGUUCUCGUCGUGAAUCUACCCCCUCAGGGCGGAUAUCCUGCACCUCCGCCGUCGACACCGCAACCAGUUUACGCCGCCACGUCGUCUUCGGCAUCUUCGUCAUCUCACAGAAAUCCACCACCGGUUCAUCAUCCACCGCCUCCUCCGCCGCCGACGGUAACCGUCCCCCAUCCCGGAUCUUCGCGACAAUCUCCACCGCUUACCGGGACCAUGAUAAGCACGGGAUCAUCGACGUACGUUGACCCCGUUUCGUAUCAGACAUUGGACGGAACCCUGACGUCGCAAGCUUCUUCGCACCUGCAACAGUGGAGCGAGGGACUCCAACCAACGCCAGGACAACCAAGCGAGUGCUCGAUAUGCUACGAGCGUAAUAUAGACAGUGUUCUUUACAUAUGCGGUCAUAUGUGCAUGUGCUACCCCUGCGCGAUUCAGCAAUGGCGGGGCAAGGGAGGCGGACAUUGUCCGCUAUGCAGAGCCCUGAUCAGAGACGUUAUUCGCAUAUAUAGAUCCUGAACUGACUAUAAUUCUGAUUCUGAUUAUGAUUAUGAUUAUGAUUAUUAUUCGAAUUCUAAUUGUAAUCGUUACUCUUGCUACAAUAGAACUCGAGGAUUUAACAAUUAAGGACUCGUUGACGCUCGUGAAUCUAGUUAGUUUUCAGUUCUUAUUUUCUCCAUUUUUUUUUUUCUCUUUAUAUCAACGAGUUCGAGGUGCUCCGAGGUCAACGCCACGUUUCGGUUGAAUUUCUCAACAUUUAUAACCUGCCAAAAUACUAGAGAGUUAUAUUGUAUAACAUAGUUUACUGCUGACGUUUAGCGAGCUUUUUACGAAAUAUCAACCUUCAUCCCCGCCAUUUGCACCAUAGAGAGAUACAUGAACGAAUGAAGAAGUAAAUAGAUAAAUGUACAUGAUAUUCUCUUUAUCUUUCGAUGGUGUCAAGAGAAGGGAUUUUGCAAAUGUUGAUGAUUGACUCUAGAGAAAUUAUGGCACCUCCGAGAUUAUUGAUAACACAUACGUGUAGUAUAUGGUAUUAUACAAUAUGAUAUACGAUGAUAUGUACACUCUCCCGAUAUUACAUGAGUAUAAAUACGGAGGUUUUGAUUAAUUCGUGUUUCUAUUUCCGGUUCGAAUCUCGUGAUCGUCGUUUAGUCGUUUGAUUCAUCAUAUUUACAGGAGUGUCGGAAACUCUGUCAAUUAGACCGUCAAUAGAAGGAAUAAAUGAGAGAUAUCUUAAAUUAACGGAGAAGAAUAAUAUAAAAUAACAAGUGGUGGCGUGAGAAUAAGUGCGAGUACUCUCAUUAAUCAACACUGCCAUCGUGUGAUCGUAAAGAAUAUAGGGAGACACAAAAUUACAAUAUACUCAAAAUGACGAAUUGCCAAUCGCGCUUCUCCCGUCGCCGUUUCACUCGGUAAAAUGAUUCGACAAUGAUCCCGUAUUCAUUUGCCCGUCGCGUUCUCUUUGCAUGAACGAGCUUAAGUGAUUGUCUGUCUGUUUGCCUGUCUUUCUCGUAUUUGAUUGGAUGAUGAAUGGAUUGGGAUAGGUUGACUCUAGUUUUACGAAUUGUGUUUUAUACGAGGUAGUGUAUCGUUAUCAUGCUAAUUAGUAAUCAUUAUUAUUAUCACCACCAUCAUCGUUGAUGUCACUAUUACGACUAUUGGUAUGCUAUUAUAAUUAUCAUCAUCAUCAUCAUCAUCAUCAUCAUCAUCAUCAUCAUCAUUAUUAUCAUUAUUAUUAUUAUUAUUAUCGUCAUCAUCAUUACAAUCGUUGAAAUCGUCAUGACUACUAUUUAAUGUAACGUACGUGUAAUUAUCAAUCAUCGCGGGUUUAUAAGAGUUAGGGCAUUUAGGUAGACUAGAUCUUCUCUUUCUGUUUUUUUGUUCAUAAAUUGUUUCUACGGGUUUUUUCUCUUCUUGUUUGUAUUUCUUUUCGAUUUUGGGUGUAUAAAUAAUUAGUCAUGAACAGAGAGAGGGAGAGAGAGAAAGGGAGAACGAGAGAUUUUUUUUUGGUUUUUUUUUUUUGAGAAGACGAAGAUAAACUAUUAUUAAAUAACUGUACUUCUGAUAGAUAAUAACAGUUGAUCAGAUGGAAUACUUUCGCAGCUCUCAAAUUCACAUUGCCAAAGAGAUCCGCAUGAUGUUCGAGCCUUUUAUCGAAAUUGGCUUUUUUCUUUGUUGGAUUAAAUUGAAUCAAGACAGAGAAAAAUGUUCGUUUUAUCAAUUCGAAAGAUGGAUAAAUGUGGAAAUCAAAUUUAAAAAAAAAAAAAAAAAAAAAAAAUUAACAAAGAACGUGCCAAAUGCAGAAACACGCACCCUUCUACACGUAUGACUUUGGACUUCUUAAACACAGAUAAUAUGAAUAAAAUUAAAACAAACAGCGCAUGAGUAUUUGAAACUGAGAAAUUUGCUAAACAUACAUAAGCCAAUCCACUUUACGAUAGUAUAAUAAAUCUUACGAUGAUUUUGUUGACGUAUUGAAUGAAAAUACAACCUAUAGAUUUGUUACAAUAUAAUUUUGAGCUCUAUAAUUUGUGACAUGGUAUACGACCGAAAUUUGCAAGACUGUUGAGAAAAAGGAAAAUCAUUCUUUCAAAUCACGGCCGUCACAAUAACAUUUUUUACAAAGCUAUCUUAUUUUCAUACGCUACAAUGAAACAAAUAGAAAAAAAAUGUAAAGAGAUACAAAAAAAAAAGAUAAAAAAAAGAUAAAACCUAAAGGAUACCAAAAAAAUUAAUAGAGAUAAUAAUAAUAGAUACAGGUCGUGCCUUAUGCUCGAAUCGCAUUUGUCUCGUUGAUUUUAUGGUUCGACUGGACUUGAGGAACUCGACUUAACUCCACUCCUAUAUUGUAGGCACACAUAUCUUCUCAGAUUUCUCGUUCUGAAUAUGAUAUUUGUUGGUUGUGAAAAAAGAAAAAAGGAAAAAAAACCGUUUCAAAUGUAAAAUAUUUGCGUGACUAAUGUCUAUGAAAAUGUAUAGACGCACGUCAAAUUUUAAAUUCUACUUUUACUAAAAUCAAUAUUAAAGCUUGAACAUAGGUGCGAUUAUGAUCGAAAGUUCGCGUGUGUGGGUGUCGAGGAGUACGAUUUAAUUAAUGGUCGUAAUUGAUUCGAAAAAUUCUUUCGGUUCAAUUUGCAUAUUUCGAAAGUCGCGUGGAUAUUCAUCUAUCCGAAGAUCGAUUACGACGAUUUAGAAAAUUCGCAAGUUUUUUUUUUUCCUUUCGACUAUUAUUACGAUUAUUUUCUUCUCUCAUAUAAAAAAAAUGAAAACGAGUAAUUAGUCAACACAAUUGGGUGAAAAGUUAGACUCGCGCCCUUAAUUGAAUAUCAAUAUUAUUAUUAUAUUUUUUUUACUUUUGUUCUUGUUCUAUAUCCAGAAAUGAUCACACACGCAAAGCAGUAGUGAAAUCUCUAGUCCUGCGAGCGGCAGCUCAUUCUUGGAUCUGCCAAUCCAAAAAAAGAAAGAAAUAUUAGAUUAAAAAAAAAUUAAAAAAACUAAAAAUACAAAUACAAACAAAUGAAUGAACAAAAAAAAAAUGUUAAGUAAACGAAAAAUUUAUAAAUAAAAUAAUAAAUACGAAAAUAUUAAAUUAUCGUGUAUCAUGAAUAUGCGCAAGCCACAGAUCUAUUAGGAAAUAUAAUUAAUUAUUCUAUAAAUUUAAUUUUUAACAAUAACUACAACCUUCUAUGUUAUAUAUUACAUAUAAUAGGGUAUGUCAGGAAGAACCGUUCCCAAAAAUUCGCUGAUAAUGAAAGAGAUAAAAGUAAAAGUAAAAUAACAGUAUAUGAUAUGGUCAUCGCGUAAAAUAUUAUUGACGUAGGUGAUAUAUUAUUAAUAUUAUCAUCAUCAUUAUUAUUGUCAUUGUUUUAUUAUUGCACUGCUUCAUCAUAUUUGAUUUAACAAUUUGAUCAUCGACUAUUUUCAUCAUCAUGACUAUUAUCAUCAUUAUUUAAUCCAAUAACAAUAUCAGUUCGAUAUUAUCAAACAAUAAUUAUUCACUAAUUUAAAUGUGCUGGUAUUAUAACAAUUAUUCAAGGGAUUUUAGGUUUAUUUUUUUUAUUUGCUAUGUAAUUGACGAUGCUUGUGGAUAACCGUUUUAUUCUAAUAUAUCAUUUUGAUAUCUAGCACUGUUUGGACUAUAAUAUGGUUCUGACGUUAUCUCAUAUCUUUCAUUAUAAUAGUGCAACUGAAUAUUCUUUUUUCAUGAAUUAUCAUCACCAUGAACGUAUCGCAUGCCAGUUAUAUAUUAUUAUUAUUGUCAUUAUUAUCAUUAUUAUUAUUACGUGUACGUGAAAUUACCUUUACGCGUUAUGUGAUGUCUUAUACACCCUCAUUAUGCUAUUCAUUAUUAUUACAUUACAUUAUUAUAUCAUUAUAAAUAUUAUAUACCUACCUAAUAAGCUACGCCCGAAUUUUUUUUCGGACAAUGUAAAGAUGGCGAUGAUGUUUAUACAUAUGUAAUAUAAUUCACGCAGCUAAACGCUGUAAUACAAUAAAUCCUUAAAUAUCUCUAA